UAGUGUUAGUUCGCGUGUAUCGAGCUGUCACUUUAUAAACGAUAAUAUUUACAUUAUUGGUAGCGUAUAAAAGAUGUUUUGUUCAUAUAAUUUAUCCUAAGUGACAUAUACAUGUAGGCAGAAAGUUCUAUGAUUAUUACCAAUAUUCAUACGGUAUGGCUUCUGCUUCAAGUACGAGUGCCCGCAGUUUAUUUGUAGAAUCAAAGAUGCGAUUAGCGGAUCGAGUGCAGGUCAAUGUGAAUAACAUUGCAUCGUUAGCAAGACAAAUACAGAGAGGAUCCAGAAGCAGUGAAACGAAGAAAAAAAAAGCUCUUUCAUUCCAUACAAAAUUAUUGAUCCUUCGAGAACUCGAAAUGGGCAUAAAAAAUUCGUAUUUGUGCCAAAAAUAUGGCGUUAAGCCAUCGACGAUUUCCUCGAUUCGCACAAGAGCGAACGAAAUCAAGGAAAAAGCUUCGAAAAUAGAGCUGAAUGAAGGAUCGCUGGAGCAAAAACGAUUGAAGACAAAUGAUUUGGAUCUCUUGGAACGCACUGUUUAUGCUUGGCUAUGUGAAAAACGAAUGUCUGGUCUGCCCGUGUCAGGCAAAUUAUUAGCUGAAAAAGCAUUGAUGGUGUUUGAAAUUCUGCAAAAUGGUGGCUCCAUCCCGAAGAAAGUCAAGUUCAACGCAAGCCAAGGCUGGCUUGAUAGAUUCAAGAAACGUCAUUCUAUUCGGACCCUCCAAGGCAAAGGUGAAAAGGCAUCAGCCGAUUCCGAAAGCAGUCGAGAUUUCAGUGAAACGAUGACAAUGCUGGUUCGAGAUCGAGGAUAUCCCCUGGAUAAUAUAUUUAGCGCUGAUGAAACUGGACUUCAUUACAAGUCGUUGCCUGAGAAAACUCUUGCUGUUCGGACCGAAACUGAAGUCCCUGGCCAUAAACAGAAAAAGGAACACAUAACAGUGAUGUUGUGUGCAAACGCGUCCGGCUCAUUUCGCGUGCCUCCACUUUGCAUUGGUACCGCUCAAAAGCCCCGAUGUUUUAAAGCUGACACCAAUUUGCCUUGCGAAUACAGAGGAACCAAAAAAGCGUGGGUGACGAGCGAAGUUUUUUUGGACUGGUACCAAAACAUCUUCUUGAAAGCGGUUAAAGCCUGGAAGCCCUAUGAGAGGUUCCUUCUGUUUCUGGACAACUCGAGAACUCAUCUUUCUGCCGUGGAACUAAAUGAGAUAGAUGAACAAUGCUUUGUCGUGUUUCUCCCAGAUAACUGCACGAGUCUCAUCCAGCCGAUGGACAUGGGAGUAAUUUCUGCCACGAAAAGGCAAUACAGGACAGCGUUUCUUCGAGAAUUGUUGGCCUCCGAGUGCAGGGACAAGAACGAAGUGGAAAAUUUCGUGAAAAAAUGGGAUGUGCUUCGAACGAUGCAAAUUUUCACUCAUGCUUGGUAUUCGAUUACUCCAAGCACUUUAAGAAAUGCCUGGAAUAAUGUUUUGCCCAAUCCAGUCGAGGAGAAUUCGAGCAAUCAGAGACUUGUUCAACAUGCGACCGGUCUUGACACCAUUUUGGAUUUGCUUAAUAAUGUUCCAGGAGGGAAAACAAUCUCGAUAUCGAACGCUGAUGAGUGGUUGGAAGAGGAUGAGAAUUUGGCGACUUGCGAAACAAAAAGUGACGAGCUGAUUAUCAACGAAACCACGGGAUUGAAUUUAACGAUUCCGGAAAGCGAAGACGAGUCCGAGAAUGAAGCUGAGGAGCUGAAAGAAAAGGAGAGAACGACUUUAUCGAAGAUUGAGGUGCGAAAAGCCUCUCAGAUCGUUCUUGAAUAUAGCAGAGAAGUCGAGCAUUUUACGCAUGAUGAACGUGCGGCGUUUACCAAAUUAAGAAAUAUGGUUUUCGACUUACAUCAUGACUAAUACGAGUAGGCUUUUUUUUUGUAUUUUUUUGAUUUCGAGAAUAAGGCAUUUUUGCAGAAGUUUGGUACUUAUUUUUUGAAAAAGGUUGUUAUUAGAAGUGUAAUUAAACAAGAAAUAAGAAUAUUUCGAUGCCUCCAUUCGUUCUUUCCUCUAAUUCCCUGCAUCUAAGGUUAAUACACUAUCAAUAAUACAUUCAUAGAAAAUCACAGUAAAUAAGA